AUGUACAAGUCUGUACCGGCCGCGUUCGCUGCUAGGGCAGAGGUACAGAAUGGAACCGUUGUACUGAUCUGGUACUGUUAUUAUGUUUCAGUAGAGGAUGACGGCUACCAAGACUCUGGUGAGAUGUCACCGACGGAGCAAGGCCCUGACCACAUACCGCCAUUGGAACGCUUGCACGGGUAUUCCAUCUCGGAGAACAUAUUUAACAGACAAAUGGUUGGACGCUCUGUUGUGGAGACGCUUCGGGUGGUCCACGAGUCUCCAGCCGAUGUGGAGCGAGUCAUGGGUAUUAUCGAGAAAAUGGCUAGUGACAGUGAGGCUGGAGUACGAGGAGAAAUGAUGGAACACUUACCUCAUAUAGUAAUGGUGUGUAACGAGUUGGGCUUGCCAACCUGGCCAUCUAUCGUCAACCAUCUGUUGCCCAUAGUGGUGACCACCAUCACUGACAAUGACAGUCAGGUGCGAAAGACUGCGCAGACAGCUCUGUUGGUGCUUAUGGAACAGAACCUGGUUGGGCAGCAGUAUGUGGAGGAGCAGCUGUGUCCUGUCAUUGUGAACCUCACACAUUUUGACGAGUAUGUUGACUACCAUCCCAGUAUUGUGGCCUUGAUGAGCAAGAUGGCACCCCUGCUGGGCAGUGAAGUGACGGAGAUGAUGUUUGUGCCCAGGUUCACAGCUCUCUGUUCUCAUAAUGGUGUGGCAAUACGCAACACUUGUGCCACCAACUUUGGUGACUUCUGUGCUGUUGUCAGCCGUCAAGUCACAGAGACCCAACUGCUGCCCAGGUUCUGUGAGCUGGCCAGAGACAGUGACUGGUUGGUACGUAAGGCCUGUGCUGAGGUUAUCAUGUCGGUGUCGUGUGCCUGCUGCUUGCAAACCCGCAAGGCAGUUUUAGCUCAGGUGUUCGACAAUCUGCUAGCUGAUGUGAUGCGAUGGGUACGGAUCUCUGCAUUCCAGACCCUUGGUCCCUUCAUCACCACCUUUGCAGAGCCAAGUAUAACUGGUCUAGCAUACAACCAACAAGGAGAAUUGGUGCUUACCAACCCGGAGGGCUUUGAGUUUAGAUUUGGAAAUCAACAAAACGAUUACCCAUUAACAAAACCGGAGCUUUAUGAGGAACUGGCAACUCUGAUAGGAGAAAAGAAGGAAUCAAGAAAGGAAGAACUGAAAAGUGAAGAGAAGACAAAGUCAGAAUGUCAGCCUGCAGUGGAUUGCCAGUUUGACAGCUUUCUUUACUGGCGGGAACCAAUUCCGGAAAUAGACUCUGAUCUCACUAUCUGUGAUUUAGCUAAUGUAGAAGAAAACCAGUGUAAUGUAGACAGUGGUCAUCCAACUGAGACGGAGUCUACAACAUCCAGUCAACACUCUGAACCUCCAUUGUUGUGUGCUCACCUUGCCUCCCGCCAAACCAACCUGAAGGUGGGAGUGGGUGAAUGGUGGAAUCCUGAGCCCCCACAAGAUAUAGUGCCACAGCCGCUGAUUGACCACUUUGUGUCCAUGUCAGACCCUAGCAACGCCUCUUCCACGGACAUAGACAUGGCCCACCAUUGUGCGUUCAGUCUGCCUGCGGUGGCCCUCACUCUAGGACCUAAACACUGGGACUUGUUACGGGAUACCUACAGCACCCUGGCUUCGGACAGACAGUGGAAGGUGAGGCGUACUGUAGCAUCCAGUAUACACGAGCUGGCUGUGAUAUUGGGAGAGGACAUGGCUACCCAGGACCUGGUGCCCAUAUUCAGUGGGCUCAUUAAAGACCUGGAUGAAGUCCGCAUUGGUGCUCUGCGGCAUCUUUCCUACUUUCUUAGGUUGCUGCGACCUUCAGGGCGAAACCACUUCUUACCACGGCUGGCAGACUUUCUUAAGACCGAGUAUGACUACAACUGGAGGUUUCGAGAUGAACUGGCUAGACAAUUGAUGUCUGCAAUGCCAUUAUACUCUCCAUCUGACACCUGCGUCCACCUCACUCCCAUUGGGAUAGCACUGAUGCUUGACAAUGUGGCAGCUGUUAGGGAGUCUGCUCUUAAUCUGGUGACGGAGUUGGUGAAGCAUGUGUCAGUGGAGAUAUCGCUGCUAAGGGGUUUGUUGGCUGAGCUAGCUGAGCAGUUUGCCCACAGUGCACGCUGGAACCGUCGCCAGACAUUUGCUCUACUGUGCAGCAAGCUGAUAUAUUGCAGGGCACUUGUGGAUGACAUGUUUGCACGGGAUGUGCUACCACACUUGCUUGAUCUAAGUUGGGACCCUGUACCCAAUGUGAGGCUGGCUGUGGCUCGUACUGUCAAUUCUGAUAUUAUGAACAAUCAGUAUUUCUGCAAUGAACAAAAUCCCCACCAUGAAGUUCUUAUGCAAGCACUCAGAAGAUUGCAGAAUGACAAAGACAGAGACGUUCGGUACUUUGCUGUGUACAAAACUAUCAGAUCAGAGGAAGAGGAGGUGGAUGGCAGGAUGAAAUUCAGCUCAACAUAAAAUGUAUGCCCAACGUCACUGCCUCAGUUAUGUAUACAGACCUGUAAAAAUUAUAAUUGUUAAAAACUUGUUUUACAUAUUUGUAGUUUAAUAUCUUUUGAAAAAGAGAUGUCACUAUGUAAGUUUAUAUGAUGGUACAAUAAAUAUCUUAUUUACAAAGUU